UCUUGCUUUACUUGGUGGCCUUGGCCCACUUUCCCAAUGCACACCAAAGAGGCCUGUGUCGGAGAGCGGAGGCUGAAAGAGUGUGAACGGGGCACGACCAGGAUUUUUUUUCCACUGUUCCUCUCUCACCUGCAGUCUUGGGUUUGCUUUAGCAGUUUGCCCAGUACAGGGACAAAGCCAUCCUGGAUUGUGCAAUCGGCAGCUCUGCCAGUUGAUCCUAUUCAGGAAAACUAUGUUCGUCAAGUGAGAGACUGCAUUUUUUCAGUUGCCUACCCUACUCCAUUCAAAUCCAGAGUACUUCUUGUGGCCGUUUCAAAGGUAGUUCUUGAAGAGAUUUUGGACCUUGAUGUGUCUAUCACCGAAACAGAUGAUUUUCUCCAGUUUGUCAGUGGUGGGAAAGUAGGAAUUGGAUUUGUUCCUCUGGCUCAUAGAUACGGAGGUCAUCAGUUUGGUAGCUGGGCAGGUCAGCUUGGUGAUGGAAGAGCCCACAUGAUUGGAGUGUAUACAAACAGGUAUGGUGAGAGGUGGGAACUACAGCUAAAAGGCUCAGGAAAGACACCAUACUCUAGAGAUGGUGAUGGAAGAGCUGUACUUCGUUCCUCUGUGCGAGAAUUUUUGUGUAGCGAAGCCAUGCACUACCUUGGCAUUCCAACAAGCAGAGCUGCUAGCUUGGUUGUAAGUGAUGAUGAUGUGUGGAGAGACCAAUUUUACAAUGGAAAUGUUAAGAAAGAAAGAGGUGCAGUAGUCCUGCGUGUUGCCAAAUCAUGGUUUCGCAUAGGUUCAUUAGAAAUUUUAGCUCAUUCUGGGGAACUGGACUUACAAAGAUCAUUGCUAGACUUCAUCAUACAAGAACAUUUUCCAUCAAUAAGCAUGAAUGAUUCAAACAGAUAUCUGGAUUUUUUCUCUAGAGUGGUAUCAGAGACUGCAAACUUGAUUGCAUUGUGGAUGUCUGUGGGCUUUGCUCAUGGUGUGUGCAAUACAGAUAACUUCAGUUUGUUAUCCAUAACAAUAGAUUAUGGUCCGUUUGGUUUUAUGGAAUCCUAUGAUCCAGAUUUCGUUCCAAACACAUCUGAUGAUGAAAGAAGGUAUAAAAUAGGAAAUCAGGCAAAUGUUGGAUUGUUUAAUCUGGACAAGCUAUUACAAGCUCUAAAACCUUUAUUGGAUUCCAGACAAAAGCAGCUGGCUUUUCAGAUUGUGGAGGGAUACUCUAGUCACUAUUAUCUCCAUUUUACAGAACUAUUCAAAGCAAAACUAGGUUUCCUUGGGGAAGGUGAGGAUGAUUACUAUUUGAUUGCAUUCCUCCUAAGACUCAUGGAAGAUACAAAAGCUGAUUUUACAAUGACAUUUCGACAGCUUAGUGAAAUUACUCAAGACCAGCUAAAGGAGCUUCAUAUUCCCAAGGAGUAUUGGGCUCUGCAGGACCUUGCUAAACACAAGUUCUUUUCCGACUGGGUUACUAUGUACCUCUUAAGAUUAAGACGGAGCAGAUACACUCAGGAGCGGCUCUGGGGCUCCCUCUGUGCCAGGAUAUGCAGGGAAAGCAGUGGAAAGAAGGGGCAGACAGUAAGUAACAAAGGUGAUUCAGACAGUAAGAGAAGAAAAAGAAUGACAAGUAUCAAUCCUAGAUAUGUGCUUAGAAAUUGGAUGGCAGAGUCAGCCAUACGAAAAGCUGAAAUGAAUGAUUUUUCAGGGGUUCAUCUCCUGCAGCAGGUUUUACAGCAUCCCUUCCAGAGGCAGUCAGUGGCAGAGAAAGCUGGCUACGCACUGCAUCCACCAACUUGGGCCAAAGACCUUAAAGUUAGCUGUUCAUCCUGAUAAAGAACAGUGGAAGCAAAAGACAAUGAACUGGGUCAGAGUUUAAGCCUUCAAACUGGAUUUGAGAAUCAGGCAGCACCAUCCUGUCUUCCCAUUAUGGUUUACUGCAGGCAUGGUUCCUUCAAUCUGCUAAGUAACCAACUUUAUAAAAGUAAUAAAAACAAGAGAAAUGGA